ACUACAUAACUUGUCUGUGGUAUCUGCAAUUUUGAUUGUUGAAACAAAGCCGAGAAUUUGUAUUGUACAAUAUUAUAUUUCAAUUUGUACUUCCUAUAAUUUAUACAACAUUAUUGAAAAACUGCGCGACAAUUGUUAGCUAUGUUGCUGCAAAUGAAAAUUUACUUGAUAACUCUGGUGUAUUUGUUCGGUGGUUUAUUUAUCCUUACGUUUCCUCCAAGAAACUUUGUACAAUCUGGCCCUCAGAAUAGACAUAUGAGGGCUUCAAGUAAGGAACUAAAUUUCCAGCGGUAUUUGAAUAAUGAUAUGUUGCUGGCUGCAUGUGAACUACUCGUGAAGUCAAACCCAGACUUGAUUCGAAUGGUUCCCUUACCUCCCUGCACUGAGAAUAAUCGCACCUUGCUCUCCUUGGAAUUGCGGAGUGAUAAAGAGAUCACAAAACCUGGCAUAUUCGUCAUAGGAGCUAUCAAUGCUAUGUCAUGGGGAGCAGCCAACGCAGUGAUCGAGCUGGCUGAAAAAUUACUUUACGAUGCCAAUUAUCAAACUCCAUUUUUCAAUGAUUACGACUGGUACUUAAUACCUAUGGGGAAUCCUGAUGGAGUGGAAUUCACGCAAAAAAUGCAAUCGAAGCCUUCCUUUGACGUCAAACAAUGGUCUCGGAAUGUUACAGCGAGGGUGACCACACGGCCUUCGUAUUGGUUCAAGAACACGGACACAGACAUAUCAGGACAAACAAACGACACCUGUAUGGGAACCCACAUCAAUAGGAACUUUGCUUUUCACUGGCAAGACGACGUGCAUGCGACGCCGGAGCGAUGUUGCCCUUAUUACCCAGGCCAUAAACCCUUCUCGUCCAACGAAGCUCAAGCUAUUCGAAAAUAUGUGGACCGCCUAGGUGAUAACAUCAACUUGGCCAUUCACCUGCAUUCCAGCUUUGUCCAUAAAAAGGAGUCGAUCCUAUUCCCGUGGCGGUACUCGCUCCGGCAGCCGAGCAACUUCCACACGCUGCAGGAAGUAGGAGAAUACGCUGCGCGCCAAUCUCGGCUGCCUGACGGCCGGCUAUACGAGGUGCAUCAAAGCAGCUACGACGAGCGCGUAGCCGGCACGUUCGCAGACUACGUGACCGGCGUCGUGGGCGUGGACUUGGCGUACAUCAUCAAGCCGUACCAGCAGCUCUACCCUAAUCUGACUGAUUAUACUGCACUUGAUGAGUACGUGAACCGAGCCAUUUCAGCGGUCCUGGGGCUAGUGCGCGGCUGGCGCAGCAGCACCAAACAGAACACGCUCUCCUUCUUCGGCAGAGACGUGGAGUUCUAAUCAAACACACACUUAUUUCAACGUU